GCCAUGACCAAAAGACACACAUACAUAAAGCACGUAGUUGAUAGAGUCAUAAUAUAUAAUAUUUAUAUCUAUUAAACUCUUAUUUUUUUUCUUUUUUAUUUUAUUUAAUUAAAUUGCAAAUUGGCCAAUUUUGACUCCGUCUAAACAAGAAGUAAGACGAGUCAAUAAAAGGAAGGAAUUGAAAGAGUAUGUAUGUAGAGGGCAUAUGGAGUAGAGAUUGGAGCAAGAAGGGACCUUUUUUUUUUGGAGUUUCAUUUCAAUUAUCAUACCAACCGCUAAUUUAUUUAAAUUAUAUCCUAAAACCUUAAUUAUUGCACUUGUUGGUAUAUGGAGAAAUCUAUUCAUCAUUCUUGUGGAAAAACUGGGCAAACUGUUGAGAAUUUUCCCAACACUUUCCUACGUCUACAAAAGUAGUUGUAUAAAGGAUAAGCCAGCUGUGGUUCUACUUUUAUAUCAUACCAUCUCAUAAUUAUUCUCAUCCUCUCUUUUGUAAAAAAAUAAAUUAAAUUAAAAAUAAGAAACUGGCCAAAAUGUGGAGAAUUUUCCUAACACUUUACUACGUCUAUAAGUAGUAGUACUUCCUCCGUUAACGGUUAUUUGCAACAAGUGUACCGUUUACGAAGGCCUAGGCAAAAUUUGGUAGUGGGAAAAAGUAAGAGAGAAAAGUAAAAUACAAAAUUGUCCAUGUAAUGUAAAGAUAAAAUAAAAAGUAAGUGUGAAAAAUAAGGGUAUGUUGGGUAUUUGCAGUGUGAACAUAGAUAUUUUUUGUCCUAAAAUGAAAGUGAUGCAAAUAAUAGGUAGCACCUACUUUUAGUAAAUGUUGCAGAUAACUGUUAACGGAGGAAGUAUAAAGGAUAAGCCAGUUGUGGUUCUAGCAAGUUUUAUAUCAUACCAUCUCAUCAUAAUUAUUCUCAUCCUCUCUUUUGCAAAAAAUAAAUAAAAUUUAAAAAAAAAAAAAAAAUCAUGACAGUGGAGGUGGCCGUGGGUAUGGUGUUGGGUGUUGCGCAAACUCUAUUUGCAGCAUUACAAUGCAAGGAAUUGAAAGAGUUCUGCUCUAAAUUUAAGUAUGAUUCGCAACUUGAGGCACUCCGAGGCACCGUCGAAACCAUCCAGAAAGUCCUACUUGAUGCGGAUUCCCGGCAACUCGAGCUCAACAAUCAGGGGUUGGAUUGGGUUAACAAGCUCAAGGAUGCUGUCUAUGAAGCUGAUGAUUUGUUCGACAAGUUUGCCACGGUUGCUCAACAACAUAAAAGGAUGCCUGGCAGUAAGAUUUCGAAAAAGGUACACACUUUCUUUUCUAGUGAAAAUCGGUUGCUUUUUGGCUUUAGGACAUGUAAAGAGAUUAAGGAGAUUAGAAAGAAGCUAGAUGGUGUUGCUAAAGAUCAUACUCAGUUUGGGUUUAGUGAUGUGUAUAGGCCAGUUAAGAGAAAAGAGGAAACUUGGUCUUAUGUGCGUGAAGAUAGUAUUAUUGGGAGAGAUGCUGAUAAGGAGGAGAUUAUGGGUGUGUUGUUGAGAGAAUCAGAUUCUUCGGUUGAUAGUGUUUCUUUUGUGAGUAUUGUCGGGAUAGGAGGACUAGGCAAAACUGCUCUUGCUCAACUUGUGUACAAUGAUGUUAGAAUUAAUGACGAAUUUGAUUUGAAGUUGUGGGUUUGUGUCUCUGAUGAUUUUAUCAUGCAAGAAAUCCUUUGUAAGAUGUUGAAGUCGGCCACUGCCCAAGAUCAUGGUGAUAUAGGAGCUGAAGGGGUGCAGAAUAAAGUGAGACAUUGUAUAGAAGGGAAAAAAUAUUUCCUUAUUCUAGAUGAUUUGUGGAAUGAAAGUCGUGAUGAAUGGCUCAAGUUGAGAGACUUCUUGCAAGUAGGUGCGAGAGGAAGCCGAGUUGUGGUGACUACACGCUCAAAAAGGGUGGCAGGAGCUAUAGGAGACUAUCCAAUGUUCAGAUUGAGCGGUUUGUCAGAUGAUGAUUCUUGGCAUUUGUUUAAGAGAGUAGCAUUUAACCGAGGGAGUAGAGAGAUUGAUGAUGACCUUGUGGACCUUGGUAAAAACAUCGUUAAAGAAUGUGCAAAUGUUCCCUUGGCUAUAAGGGUUGUGGGGAGCAUGUUGUAUGGUCAAGAGAAAAGCAGGUGGAAAUCUUUUCAGAGAAUUGGGUUGUCUAAAAUGGUCCAAGGUGAAGAGAGCAUAAUAAAAAUAUUGAAGUUUAGUUAUAGUUAUCUUGAGCCACAGUUAAAGAGUUGUUUUAUUUAUUGUGCACUCUUCCCCAAGGAUUACGAGAUUGAGAAAGAGUUAUUGAUCCGUCUAUGGUCUGCACAAGGGUAUCUUGAACCUAUCAAUGAUAUGCAAAACACAGAAGAUGUUGGUGAGGAGUAUUUUUCAAUUUUAUUGCAGAGAUGUUUUUUCCAAGACGUUAUACGACGUUCUGAUGGUGAAAUAUAUAGUUGUAAAAUGCAUGAUUUGAUUCAUGAUCUUGCACAAGAAAUUGCAGGAAAGGAGUCGUACUUGAUGGAGGACACUAGCAAAAGCCCUUUUGAUAGAAAAUCUCGUCAUCUCGCUAUUUCAGUUAGGCGCCCUCUGGUGCUUAGUCCAAGUGAUACUUUUAGCAAAUUGAGUGGAUUGCGUACGCUUCUCCGGCAUCGUUGGCUGGUUUAUGAAUCACAAGUGUCCACAAUAAUAGCAAACUGCAGGCGUUUGAGGGUGUUGGACUUGCACAGUCUUAGGAUAAAAGCUUUACCAAGUACAAUAAAGAACCUUUUGCAUUUAAGGUAUCUUGAUCUCUCUCACAAUAAGGAUUUGGAGACGCUUCCCGAGUCAAUUAGUAGACUCUAUAAUUUGCAAGUAUUGAACCUAAGAUGUUGUUUUAGCCUAGAAGAGUUGCCUAAGGACUUGAGGGAACUAGUCAAUCUUAAGCAUUUGGACAUAAUAGCUUGCUUUGAUUUGGGUCAUAUGCCCAUUGGAAUGGAUAGAAUGACUGGUCUACGUACCCUUACAAGGUUUGUGUUGGGGCCAGAAAGUUCCAAGAAAGGCCAGACGGGGCAACUAAGAGAUUUGGUACCUCUAAUUAACCUUAGAGGUACACUUGAAGUUAUUUUUGAAGUGGGAUACACAUACGAUUCAAUGAAUUCUGAGGAAGAAGCAUAUCUUUCAAACAAGGAACAUAUCAAGGCUUUGACGAUUCAAGAAAAUGCCCUAUGGCAUCAUUACAAAAUUGUAGAUGAAAGAUUGCUAGAAAGACUGGAACCCCACCGUGAUCUAAUAGAAAUGACAAUAUUUGGAUAUAAAGGCGUGACAUUGCCAAGAUGGGCAGCCACACUGGCAACCACUCUCCCACGACUUGUGAGCAUCUGUAUGCGUCAUUUUCACGAUUUGCAACAUCUGCCAGCAAUGAAUCAACUCCAGCAUCUGAAAACUCUUGUACUCACAGACAUGCCCAAUGUAGAGCUGAUGGAGUCUGAUAAUAAUGUUGCACUUUCGUUUCCGUCACUUGUUGAUCUGACCCUUAAAAAAUGUCCAAGGUUGGAGUCUUUUCCUAGAUGUCCACGUGUGAAAACAUUUGAUCUACUGCGCUUGAAUGAAGCACUGACAUUUUGUGAACAAAGAGAUGAUGAAGCAAAUGCAACCACCCCUGCUGCCUCCUCAUUCUCUGCCUCGUCUUCAAGCGGCGACAACGACAAUAAUUCAGCUGGUGUUGAUGUUUUUGAUUUGCUGCGGUUAACAACAGACAAUUUAGAAUUAAUUAAGUCCCUUUUUGGGGAGUCAAUACGAAGCAUUGGUGAACUCAACUUGCGUAAUAUGAAGGUGGAGAGUUUGUCGAGUGUUGAAGAAGAGUAUCUUCGGAAGUACGCAUUUUCCAUUCGUAGUCUACGGUUUAAUAGUUGCCGAAACUUGAAGAGUCUGUCGGGAGGAGGAAUAGAGCAUCUCACCAACUUAGCAUGCCUCAAUAUUUGGAAAUGUCCUAACCUGGAAUUGGAAGAAGAUGAAGGGUUUCCAUGGAAAGACCUUCACGCCCUCUCUGUCUUAGAGUUGGAGAGUCUUCCACAAUUGAUAGAUCUACCAAAGGGCAUUCAAUACUUGACUUCCCUUCAAAGUCUCUCUAUUCAAGAUUGUGAGGAUAUGAAAACCCACCCGGAGUGGCCUCAUUGCCCCAAGUCUUUGCGGACACUUUCUAUUAAUUACUGUCCGGAACUGAAAUCGCUGCCAGAAGCAAUCCUCCCCUCCCUCACACGCCUUCGUAUAUCUCUGAGCAAUGGAUUGAAGGAAAGAUACGAUGAACUGAAUGGGACAGACUUUUCUAAAAUAAGCCACAUCCCCGAUUUAAGCCUUGAAUUUUAGUAACUCCAACUCUUUAUGCUUUUGUUAUUGAUUCCCUGUUCCUGAUUAUGUUAUCGAACCUUUCUACAAUUUGCUUAUCUACAUUAAAAAUAAAAUUACCAAAACUUUUGGAUAAUAUUGUACUACAACAUGCUAUGAUAGUUAUUGUACAUUAAGAUGUGAUUUUGUAGGUUUAAGUUUUAUAAAAGACAAUUUGAUCAAUAUUUGAUUAUAUAUUGACAAAGUUGCUAUAAUGGUGAU